AUGGCAACCACACGCAUAAUCGCCGCGACGCCGUCUCCGCCGCCCAACAUUCACACUCCUACCACGCCCAAGCACGGAUUCGCAGAUUCGUGGGAGCCUUUUUCUCCUCGCAAAUCAUCUCGUAUCGCUGCUGCUGCUGCUGCAGCUGCUGCCGCCGCCGCUGCUGUGGCCUCAUCAACGGCCCCGACAGCACCUGCGGCACCUGCCACGCCGCGACGCGCACACACCCGCGCGCAGAUCCGCUCGCCUCGCGUGACCAAGGCGCUCUUUCACGGUCCGGCCAUCUCGCCCGAGUCCACACCGCGCAAGAAAACGAUGGCAUCUUCGUCCACGCCCGAGGGUCCCUUGGCCGUGGCAGCAAGCUCUCUGCUGCCCAGCAACAAGAAGGUGCACGCCGCGUCGCAGAAUGAGUCCAACAUCGCGGCCAUUGCCCGCAAUCUCUUCCACACCAACGUCGAGGAGGUGAUGGCAUCGCCGACCAGCAGUUCGCGCAAGACAGGCGGACGGCCCAAGAAGUAUACCGGCUACACGCUGGACAGCUUCACUGCAGUUGAGGAGGAGGAGACGAUCCCCAUCUUUACAGACUCGCAGGACCGCGUGCCCGAGGCCGAUGGCAGCAUGGAGAACCCUUUCUACGGCAACGGCGCCGUGCUGCCGGCAACAGAGCAGCCGCAGCCGCCAACCCGGCGCCGCAGCAGCAGACGCAACCACGUGUCGAUUCCAGGCGAAGGCAAGCAGUCGGUCGAAGAGGCCACUCGCCGCGAAGACGGCCUCAUCUAUGUCUUCCGUGGAAAGAGAAUCUUCCGCAAGUUCGCCGAUGUGUCUGCACAGGAGCAGGACAGCCCGGGGGCCAGCGGCAGGAUGGGCAGCCCGGAGAGGGCAGGAGCAGGGAGACGUCUGACGCGGUCUGCGAUCAAACCGCGACUGCUGUUUCCGCGAAACGAGAAGGCCGAGAAGCAGCUGCAGGCGCCGUUUGCAGGCACGGCCGAGGACGAAGAGGCCGUGACGGAUAUCGAAGAGGGCAACGACGUGGCCGACGAGGAGGAGCAGACGGAGACGGAGGAGACAGAGACUCACGAGACACAGGACAGCACUCUGGUCGCUGCAAAGACGCCCAGCACACCGCCACGAGCACCGCGAUUUGCGCCGGCAUCGCCGCCGAUCUCAGCACGAGCAACGCGAGCUAAGAAGCGCAGCCCGUUCGACGGUUGGCGACAGACUAAGAGCAGCACAGCAGCAGCAGCAGGCCACAAGCGGUCGGCAGGAGAGCUGGGGGCCACCGCGUCGGCACCAGCUAAGCGCACCCGGGCGUCUUAG